UCGGGAAAAUAUUCGAUCUAUAGAACAUAUAGCUAGCUAACGCUAGGCCAAAAACGACAGGCCUUCUUCAUAUCCGGAUAGUUCAAAGAUCUAGCCGUGGGGGCCUGAAUCAGCCUCUAUGUGGCUAACUGUUGCGUGCCUGGCUGUCAGAUAGCCGAUAUAACGUCAGCAGGUCAAGCAGCUGUGAAGCCCCAGCGCUCCUUAAAACGUGUUGCGGUCAUUGCCCAGUCCAUGUAUUUAGCUCGUUGCUUGUUCAAGAUGUCAAGUCACAAUCCGUUGAUGAGGCUGGAGCAGCGGGCUGCUGAGGCUGACCAGAUCAUCGAGUACCUGAAACGACAAGUCCAGCUGCUAAAGGAGAAAGCCGCCAUCCAGGCCAGUGUCAGAGAAGAAAAGAAACUUAUGGUGGAGAAUGCCAAAUUGAAGAAUGACAUCGAAGAACUCAAAAAGCAGCUGCUGGAAAAAGAGCAGAAGAGGGGAGUGUGUGAGGUGGCCAUGCCAUCAGGUGACGCCAGUGUUGAGUGCGUUUCACAGCCCACGCCUCCCAAACUUUCCGGAACAGCAGCCUCCGCCUCGCCUGAUGCUGCUGCUGCUGCUGUCCAGAGCCCCAAAGAUGAGAUUAAGAAGAAGAAGGCAGAGAAAAAAGGAGGAGAGAAGGCAGAGAAGAAGCAGGCUGGCCCCAGCCAAGAUGAAGCCAAGGUGGACGUGUCUCGUCUGGACCUGCGCGUUGGACGUAUAAUCUCAGCUGAGAAGCACCCAGAUGCUGACAGUCUCUACGUGGAGCAGGUUGAUGUGGGAGAGCCUUCUCCGAGGACGGUUGUCAGUGGGCUGGUCAAGCACAUACCUCUGGACCAGAUGCAGAAUCGCAUGGCGAUCCUGAUGUGUAACCUGAAGCCAGCCAAGAUGAGAGGAGUGGUGUCCCAGGCUAUGGUCAUGUGUGCCAGCUCACCAGACAAGGUCGAAAUCCUUGACCCUCCAGGCGGAGCAGUACCAGGGGACAGAAUUACUUUCCAGGGCUACCCAGGUGAACCAGACAAAGAGCUGAAUCCCAAAAAGAAGGUGUGGGAGCAGGUUCAGCCAGACCUGCGCACAGAUGACCAGUGUAUUGCAACCUACAAGGGAGUCGCUUUUGAAGUCACCGGCAAGGGAGUGUGCAAAGCCCAAACAAUGAGCAACAGCGGAAUUAAAUAAAAUAACAGAGCUGCUUGAAAUAGCUCAGUGUUUACUCGGCAGUCACCUGCAGUGAUGACGAUGGUGGUGUUGAGAAACAGGAUGGUGGUGAAUUGUAGAAAGUGCUUUGGAGAUGUUCAAUAAAGGCAUUUGAAAUUUA